AUGGCGGAACUCCUCGUCAGGUCGCCGACGGUGAGCACGGCAGCUGCUCCAGCAUCGCCGCGCAUCAAGCGCAACACGCCAGACCGCUUCGGCACCGAUACGCCUUCAGCCCUGGUCUCAAGCGGCACUUCGGCAGCGUCGGCCGCCGCUGCAAUGCGGCAAUGCCCAAAGGUGAAAUGCAAUGCCAACUCAAACCCGAAUUUGCCCAAGCUCGAGGAACUCCAGCAAGAGGUGCGGAGCAUCAAGGAAGCAGUGGGAAAGUCGGCUACACCGUCACCUAUGUACCGCCGCACACUGCCUCCCAUAAAUGCAAGAGAUGGCAUCUUGUCUGCCAGCUUGCCGCCGAUGCGGCCGUACGAUGCGCCCAUCUUAUUGCCCCCUGUAAUGACACCUAUGACGGCAACACCAACACCCAAGGCCCUGAUCUCGUUGAUGCCGGUCGCCGAGCCACGCGCUCUAAAGUCUCGUGCUUUUUCAGGAGAGGAUAUAUCUUUCUAUUUUGAAAAGUAUUUUGAGCAUUUCCACAGCUAUUUUCCCAUCAUUCGCAUCCGGGAACCAGACAGGGUUUACGAGUCGGCGCCCGUUCUCUUUUGGACCAUCAUCACCAUUGCUGCACGUCGUUUUGCCAAGGAUGAGACUGUACUACCUUUCCUCACCGAAUCCCUAUCUUCAGAGGUAUGGAGUGGCAUGGGAAACCCGCCUCUGUCUCUCGGUGUCAUCAACGCGUUGCUCUUGCUGUGCGUAUGGCCAUUCACAACCAUUCGCUUCCUGAGAGACCCAUCAACGAUCUUUGCGUCAAUUGCCAUGAGCUCUUGCUUUCUCAUCGGCCUUCAUACCGGCCGCGGUGAACAUCCCGAGCUGGCCAACGCCUCAUUUCAAAUCCGAAAUACUGACGAAGAAGCUACUUAUACGUGGGCUGGCUUCAAUAUUAUUUCACAGCGAGUGUCCGCAUAUGCUGGCUGUCCCUCGACGGGUCAGUUCUUCAACAAGACUAUUGAGACAGUCCUGGAUCGGUCGUCGUCAGUUCCCGUCCCCUUGAGUUUUGUCAUCUUAUUGGAGUGCGCUCGCUUCUCCAACCGAGUCAGCAAGACAACAUGCGCCAGCUUGGAGGAGAAUCGAGGUAUCUCCCACCACAUUGUGGACAUGUUCGAAGAAGAGUUCGACAAGGUUCAAAGACUUCUUUUCCCAGGAAUUUCAGUACAGUCCUACUACUUCAUGCCCGUGACCCAUUACAGCACAGAGAUAUUCAAGCGCAACGUUCUUAAAGCUUACAGCACGUCACAGCUUGUGAUACGACAGGCUCUGAAAUUGCAGGAUGAAAUCGGCUUCUUGUUCUACGCUCCUCAUUUUGUAUGCAGGACGCUUCUCACAUCGGCCUGUGCCACUCUGAAUGUUCUCCUAUCGCCAUAUAUGAAGGACAUGCCGUUGCACGCCAAAAAUGCCAUUAUGCAGGAUGCUAUUCUGGCCAUUAAAUCCUGUUCGGUACACGAGGGCGAUCUUCCUUCCCGAGCGGCAAAAAUGAUUGAGCCUUAUUGGUCGGUCAACCAAACAAAGCCUCCGAUGGAGAUUUCUACCAAGGACGUGUCGCAAUUUUCGCAUCGCCUAGGCACUAGUUUUGCCUUUGAUUGUAUCCGGCGAUGGAAGAGAGAUAUUGAAGCUUCACGUCCAGUGGCAAAUAAUGCAAACAAUAGGAAACAACUACCAACAGGGACUCCAAUAACUUCUAUUGAUCUCUCGGCUAUCCAGCCUGACAACGCGCAGCUCAUCGAUUGGGACGCUUUCAUGGACGACUUCGACUGGAGCUUCGCACCUGACUACCUCAACCCGGCCUAG